AUGCUGUCCGUAAAUAACCCUUUCAUAUCUGAAGACGUAGAUUCUCUUGUGAUUUGGGUUUUAUUCAACUGUCAUCAAGCACAUCAUUGGCACGAGUCCGAACUCUGUGACAGUCAUACACCUCCAGUCUCCCUUGGAUCAUCCGCAGCAAAGUACGCUGUAAAUCAUGAUUAUAGUGUCUAUAUAAUGCGCCCGUAUCGCAUCACUCGGCUCGUCGAGCUCACAUCCAUCACCGAGCCUCUUAUAAUCAAUCGAGCAACUCAACGUGCCGAUCCAGAACAUCACAAUGUUGAACAGCAGCAACCAUGGCCAAUCCUAGUCGGUCAAUUCAUAACACGGAAGCAGGCAGCUAUUCUUUUUCCUGAAGAUGAUCUUCCAGAUGGAUUGUUAGGUGCAGCUAGUCCAUCUGUAUGUUUUGUGGAUGGCACUGGCUACAUAAACUGUGAAUUCGCUCAGGAUUUUGAUGUGAAUUGGUUGUCUGAUGAUACGUAUAGUUGUUAUCUACUCGAAUGGGCCUUGAUACCUUACAAGAGCAAGCCAGGCUCCACAAAGUGGUAUCUAGAAGUAUGCUCGCUGCCUCGCUUCUUUGAUAAAACGUAUGCCUUGUCGAGAGUCUCGUCGUAUGAUUUUGAUCAUAUCGACUUGUUGGUGGACUGCCAAGCCAACAUUAUAGAACCUCAUCCAUCGUCACCUCAUGCUCAAUUAUCCGAUAAUGAGUUGAUUGAACGGUAUAAACCAGUCAAUAUGAACUUUUCGCAUAUAGACGCAAAAGCCAUGACAAAGGAGCUAGAGAAAAUCCGCAGACUGGAGCAGCUCUCCAUCCACGGCAUGAUUCAAUCUAAAGGAUUUAUUCAAAACAGGGCCAAAGAAGGCAAAAUUCGUAAAUUCUUUGUCGUAGAAGUCGUAUGUAAACAAGAAAAGACUGAAGAGUUUGGUGAUGCAGUCUUGACUGCUUGUGUUUGUUAUGAAGACGCAGCUCAAGCAACCAAACUUGAUAUUAUACACUACUACCACCAUUUAAAAGUUGGGAAAUGGUACUUGUUGAGUAACUUGACUGCAUCAAAGAUCAAGAUACCUGUCAAGGGUGGUAGUAUAAUCCGCAAGGUGCUGAACUUUGAUAUCAAUAACUCGAAGCUCUUUAAUGUCAAACCACCUGUAAUAAUUCCCGACACAGUAGCAGUGGAUACAAACACCAUUGAUGGUACUCCGCAACCCAAUACAAUACGUAGUCAACCAAUCCAAAUACCAAUGCACCCAAAAGUACAACCCAAGCCAGGAAUGAUAUCAUACUCUGGUCGCAUAUCAAAAAUCGUCAAUGUUCAUAACGGACUCUACGAGCUAGACGGCAAAUUACAUCUUGUACUAAGUUAUCACCAGAUCGCUGGACCUGGAUUUGGGUUACGACUCGGGGCUGGAGUCAAUCUACAUAAUGUACAUUUAGCAGUCCUCAAUACUGGUGAUCGAGUACGACCAGGUGCUCAUCCAGUGGCUCUUAUAGCAUGCCCGUAUUCCACUUUGGAGAUUGCCGAAUUCUCGUCUGAAGCAAACGAGUUUCAAUCUAUUGACGUUUUCAAACGAAAUAAUUAUUUAAUUAAACACCAAAAGUUGAAUGCUGUGGACUUGCUAUUGAUUACCAUCAUAAGGAUUGAAGUGAUUCGUAAACUGCAAGUCAAGGAAGCAGAUACGAUUGUACCAGUAGUGGAAACGAAAUGGCCGACCAAGCUCUUUACUGAUUUGUUGAGCCGAUAUGGAUAUACCCAUUACGAGAAGGACACGCCGAUAGCAGUGUCAUUUGAGCAUCAGGAUCUUUGUAGUAUUGCUAAAGUUAGGUAUCGACAGCCCUGUUUUCCGCCACUGAAGGAAUUAUUUAACCACCCUGUGAUAACCGACUUUCGUAAUCAAUCAACGAAAUCAUCCGGUACUCGACCUAGUAGCAGUAUAGCAUCCGCGAGGAAGCACCGUCAUAUGAUAGUAUCCAAAUCGUCUAUAAGAUAUCGAGUCUUUUCUCAGGAAGAACUGAAUUGGACUAGUGCUUCCCUGUUGGGAGUACUUGUGGCCAAUGCCCGUGGUGAAGUAGUACUAAAGGAUACUACACAUUCUAUUCAAUGUCUAGUGUCGAGUAAUGAUAUUACACCACAUGACUUGAAUCAAAUAUGGGUCAUUGACAGGUAUCAAAUCAUAAUGGAAGUAUUAGGAUCAGGAUUCCUUCGGUCUACUGAAAAGCAACAGGAGUCACUGAGUGAAGUGCCAUUUGAGAAUCUGGUAAUCAGAUUUUCUUUGCGUGAUGCCAUGUGUCUUGGAGCGCCACAUUUAGGUAUAUUAUCAGCAGCUCCACAAAUAGCAGUGGUGUCUAGAGCCAGAGAACGUCAUAAUUACUUCGCUAUUAUUGAUGUCGUAAGGCCUAUACAGCAAGUCUUGACUGGGGAAAGUCGAAUUGACACACAAUGCUGGGUGGAAGCUGUUGCAGUAGAAUUCAAGCAAUUAGAAUCAGGAAUCACAGAGCUAUAUGGUGCUGAGAAGUCAGUGCUUAUAUUAUUUACUGGGCCGUCUAUUGCCAAUAUUGUUGGCUUGCGGCGAGGUGAAGCUUAUUCCUUCACUGAACUGGCUGAAUUGCAGCCAAAAGAGGAUCAUCUCCAGGAAGACGAUGAGGACGAAAGGAAGGAUGGAGCAUCCAUAGAUACCGAUGAUGAUGCCGAGUCUACAGCACCACCACCAGCGCUCAUGAACGACGAUGAUCCAUGCCUUGCGUUUGAUGGAAAAUCGAAGCUUUCCAGCUUUAGCGUAGUUACUUGCUCUGAUGAAGACAUAAGUGCUGCUACAUUGUCGCCUCUGCCACUACCAGAACCAUGUAAACCGAUAGUAUAUAGGGUAUCGGGUACAAAUGCUGAGAUGCUGUCAGACCUGAAACCGCCUUGCGAAACGAUACACACCGUGUCUCGUAUCUUGCAGGACAUAUCCAUAUAUCGUAAACGGCCACAGUUUGCUGGAAUCAUUGAUACUCUGAUAAACGUAAAAGGUGUGGUAGUCACCAAAGAGUACAGAGAUGUGGAGCCUCUAGUGAUUCCAGGCUGCACUGCUACAGAACUGUACGUGCAACAUGGAAUAGGUACUGGAGAUUAUGGCCGUACCCUCUUUGUAAAGAUUCGAGAUUUAGAAGAAGGUGAUACUAUGGAUGUAUAUCUGGAUUUGAGGCGAUGUGUGGUACCUUUAGGUUUGAUUCCGAAUACCAUCAUCACCAUCCGACAAUUGGGACUCAAAAUAUCGAAAUCCAACAACAUAUAUGGUGCUUCUAUUGCUACGACGAGUAUAUCGAUUGGAGACGUUGCAACAUCAUUGCCGACGAGGAAGAUAAUCGAAAGGUCAAAUCUACGGGUUCGUCUUUCUGAUUUCUUCUCCCAGGAUAGUAACAGUAAAUUGACUGCCUUGAUAUCACGUAAUAUCUCCGCAUUACCUGGCAUCCGAUGUAACGUCACCCACAUCCAACUGGUAACGCUCCGAUAUAAAUGUACUGGUUGUGGGGCAUCGUAUCUAGAAUCUAAAUGCCCUAAUGGACAUGGUUCUGGAACUGGUAUGCUGAUAUCAUAUGCUCGCAUCUUUAUUGAAGACGGAUCAGCUGAAGCUGUCGUCCACAUAGAUGAUACAGAGACCGUUUUUGCUCUCUUGUCUUGUCGUGAUAAUACCAACAGCAGCAAUAAACGACACAAGCUGGAACGUAUGGCUAUGCGCUAUGGUGAUGUAACUUUUAAAUUUGAUCCACCAUGGUUUGCUAAUACGACGAGCAAUGAUGAUUGGGGUGAGGCCAACAACAAUAGCAAUAAUAGUGCAGAACAGGACGAAGAUACAGUCACGCUAGGUUCCGAAACCCAUGAAACGUUUGCAAUGAAGGCUGAAUGGGGAGAUAAAGUCAAGAAGGAUGCCGAGUAUAUUGAGACUAUAUGUAAAUCACCAUCUUUAAAACGAACCGUUAUAGCUUACUGUAGAGCACAAUCAAGCUUUACAGCCUUCCUGGCUUCAGAAUCUAGAGAUUCUGGUGGUGGGAAUCAAGAUGAUGGGAUUGUGGUGUCUCGUGAAUCGUUAGGACGACGGAUGAUGAAGCUUGAAAGUGGAGCUAGGUUGUCGACGUUAACGUAUCCUCGUAUUGUAUUGAGGGGCGAGUCGUUUGAGGAAGUUGCUGAACGGUCUGAAGCCCAUUUCUUGUUGGAAAAGUUGAAUCAUGUAUAG